AUGGCAGGAGGUAGGAACGAUCGUGCAAUCACUGAUGCUCUACAAGCGAUGGCUCAGGCUCUUGUUGAAAAGAUAUUCCAAGCUAUGGGAUGUCCUUUGAUACAGAAGGUGACUUUGGCUGCCUUCAUGCUUUCUGGAGAGGCUGGUAUAUGGUGGCAAGGUGCUUUGCAAAGAAUGAUGGCUGCAGGUACCCAAGUGAACUGGGAGAAUUUCAAACAGCUAUUCUUGGAGAAAUACUUUCCGCGAGAUGUGAGACAUAAGAAACAGGUGGAAUUCCUUGAGUUGAAGCAAGGAGAAAAUUCUGUGGCUGAGUAUGUGACUAAGUUUGAAGACUUGGUCAGAUUCUGUCCUAUGUAUGAUGGUGUGGGCAAUGAGGAGGACAAAUGUGUGAAGUUUGUGAGUGGUCUUCGCCCUGAGAUUAAACAAGUUUUCAAUUACCAAGGGAUCACUCAAUACCAUGAUCUGGUGAACAAGUGUCAAGUCUAUGAUGAGGACAACCUGUAA